GGUAAAGCAUGUCACGAGGACCAGAAGUCUUUAUAUCAUGGCCUCCCCAUUCCGUUAUUACUGGCUAUCGCUAACUUGAAGGGAUCCACGCCUUAUAAUUUGCCUAAAAUUCAGGGCCGUCUGCCGUCUUAGUAUUUACAGGACUGGAAAAUUUUAUAUUAAUUGAAAUAUAAGGGUUCUCAUUAGCAGGUCGAGAUGUAUCAGGUAUACAGAAUUGAUUUCUGUCCGUAUUCCGCAAUUCCUAUUGCUCCUCUACGAAUCUCUACGAGUCAUAUUUAAAGAGGAAGGUCGCCAGUGCUGUCCUUCACAUAUUCAAAGAGCAGCUAGGUGUUCGAAGAGCUUUGAGAACUUAUUCAUUCAUUUACCAUGCGACCCUUUCCCCUUCUUGCUUUAGGAUCACUGGCUUCAGCAGCUGCUGUCGUCGAUGUCACGAACGGUGCGAAAGUUGAAGCUGAGACUGGUAUCCUCAAUGGAGUCACGAUUGGGGAUAACCCAGGAGGCUUCUCCGGUUCUGGAUUUGUCCAGGGAUUCGAUGCUGCAACAGAUAGCGUUACGAUUACCUUUCAGAGUGCCAAGCAGGCUUUGUACGAUGUGGUCAUUCAGUAUGCUUCUACCUCUGGCGAAAAGCAGACUACGAUGUCACUCAAUGAUUCGGGAGGGUCUGGAAUCGUACUUGCAGCAACAUCUGAAGAAAGUCCGUGGGCCAAUGCAACGGCUGGUCAAGUACUUUUGAACGCUGGUACCAACACGAUCACAUUCACCAGUAACUGGGGCUGGUAUUUUAUCGACGCCGUGUACAUUUCUCCUUCGGCUGCACCUGCAAAGCACCAAGUCACAAGCAAGUUGUCCACACCGAACCCUCUCCCUAUCACCCAAGCUUUGUUCAAUAAGCUUCUUUCCAAUUAUGGUAACGGUUCGAUCUUUUCUGGCCAAUCAGAGGCCGCUGAGAUCGCAUGGUUGGAAGAAAAUGUGGGAAAGACACCAGCGAUUAUUGGUCUGGACUUCAUGGAUUAUAGUCCAAGUCGUGUGGAGCAUGGCACAUCCAGUCACGAGGUUGAAGAUGGAAUUGCAUUCUCCAACAGAAAUGGAAUUGUCGCAUUUCAAUGGCAUUGGAAUGCCCCAUCGCAUCUCAUAGACAGCGCGGCCGAGCCAUGGUAUUCAGGCUUCUACACCGCUGCCACAACGUUCAAUCUGACGACCGUUCUUGCCAACCCGUCGAGUGAGGACUACGCCCUCCUGAUCAGGGAUUUGGACACUAUCGCGGCUCUACUCCUCCGCCUCCAAGCAGCCGACGUUCCCGUUCUCUGGCGGCCUCUUCACGAAGCCGAGGGUGGCUGGUUCUGGUGGGGCGCCCAGGGGCCGGAAGCCUGUGUGGCUCUCUACCGGCUCAUGUUUGACCGGUUCGUCAAUCACCACCAGCUACGCAACCUGAUCUGGGUCUGGAAUUCUGUAGCUACAGCCUGGUACCCCGGCGAUGACAUAGUUGAUAUUCUUGGCUACGACUCGUAUCCACCUGCUGGCGACCACGGCGCCGUAAGCGUUCAAUACCAGGCAUUGAUUGCUUUGGGCAAGGAUAAAAAGAUGGUUACGCUUCCUGAAGUGGGCAAUAUCCCCGAUCCUGAUCAACUAGAGCUAUAUCAUGCGGACUGGAGCUAUUUUGUGACAUGGAAUGGGGCGUACAUUAAUACGGACGAAUUUAACAGUCUCGACUUUAAGAAGAAAGUCUUUAACGAUCCUUCAGUUAUCAACCUUUCGGAUCUAGGUAACUGGAAGUCAAACUAGAGUUAUAUUUAAGCCUAUGUGUGUACGUGGCAUAAUAUAGAUGGUCCUUAUUCGGCUAUUGUUCAGGGUGAGUUGGGAGAGUAUCUUAUGUAUCAAUAGAAGUACGAAAGCUGGGGAUUGUAAACACCGGAGGUUUUGGAAAGAAAGGAUUGUUGAUACCAGCAUGUGAUGAAUUUGUAUAUAAGUAGUAGUAGGAGCAUUCAUGGUUUUCAUUGAUUCAUAUCUACGCCGUCUAGCAAAACCGUUAAAUUUGAUUAAGUUCUA